AGUUGGUCCGUGGUCAACACAGCUGUGCUCACGGGUCGACAGGUGUCAAGGGCGAUGAAAGUUCUUAUCGUGUCACAAGCAGGAAAGGUUGCAGAUGUCACCUUGCAGUCUUCGUGCAACUGCACUGAUAAAGCAGCACUAAAGGUAUCCGCCUCCUGUACUUCGGUCUACAUGGACGGUUCGGAAGUCCGAGGGAGCCACAACGCGACGGUGAUCGCUCGUUACGGCGAGCGGUCCGGCGUCGCCUCCUUCACCGUCUGGAUGCCCGAACUGCCCCUCACUGUGCACGUCGGGGAUACCAAACUGUCGCAGGUGAGGGGGUGGCGCGCCCCCGACCCCGCCUCCCCAGGGGCCUUCGCGCUCAAGAUGCCUGCGGGAGGAGGAGCAGCCAGCGACGAGGACCUGUCCCUGGCGCCGCAGGAAGACCCAGCCUCGCCCCCCGCCUCCGCGACCUCGUACUCGGGGGCGUGUUCCGUGCGCUACCAGCAGACGCCUGUGCAGGUGUACGGCCGCUUCGUCGCCGUGGACGACAACAGCGGUCGUCACUCGUACCUGCUGUCCCGGCGAGCACAGGUGCGCGUGACGGAGCUGGUGGCGCACCUGCUUCGCGUCGCCGACACUUCCGUGGCGAUCCUCAACCACACGACGCUCAUGGGACGCUCGCCGGGGCGCACCGAGGUCCAGGUCCUCUCCCCCAUCAGUGGGCGUGUGAUCGGCACCCGCGAAGUGAGGGUGGGGUCUGAUAAAGUGUGGGUGACCAAGCUGCGGGCGGCCGUUAUCUCUGGACUGACCUUAUCUCUGCAACCCGACGCCCAUUUGCCCGACGGAUAUUCUGCCAUUACAGCGGUCACGCCCGUGCUCACAGCUAAGUAUCAGGAAGGUCUGGUGGACGUGUGGGUGGAGAUGAGCGACAGCGUGGUGAUGCCCCUGAAGGAAGUGCCUGCCAACCACUACGUGCUUCGGGUCCGGUCCCUCGAUCCAGGCGUCGUGGCCGUCGCGCCCUCGCCGAGGACCGCACAGCCCAGGAUCAUCGCUAUCGGGCAUGGCGUGGGGGACCUGCUGGAGGUGAGCCUCGAAGUAGCCGACGAGUGCGAGAGGCGAAGGUCGUCCUUGGCCAACACGAACGUCCACGUCAAGGUCGACCUCGGCACGACUCCCCCGCCCCCCCCGAUCGACCCGGAGGACGAGGAUGAGGUCGACCUCCACGAGACCAUCCCCGAGGACCCGACGCACCAUAAAUCACUUAGGAGGCCAACAAAUCAGCUAAUUUUCGACCCGACCUCGCCAGGCGCCCAGGCAGGGGUGUCAUGGCCGCCGCGGCGUCGUUAUUUUGGGAAAGGCAUGAUUUUGUGUCCGCGUUUGAGCGUGUUUUGUGCCGCCUCGCUGAGGGUCCCUUUUCCGCAGGUCCACGUCUCGGAGCUGCCGCACGCGGACGCCGCCGCGCCGCAGAACCACCUGAUGCUGAUGGCGGAGCAGCCGCAGCAGCCCACUCUGCAGAUGCGGCUGCACCCGCCGCGCCACGGGGGCCCCACGCCCCUCGAGGUGGGCAUGUACGUCCUUCUGGCCGUCUUCGGCGCCGCCCUCGUAGUGUUCGCCGCCUCCUGCGUCGUGUACACGUGGCGCGUGCGCGUCGGCAAGCCCAUGCUGGCACCGCACCAGCUGCACGGCGCUCGCACCGCCCUCCACAACCACCACGACUCCGUCACCAACGCCCACGACUGGGUGUGGCUCGGCCGCGCCACCCUCGAGCGCGCCUCGGGCAUUAGCCUGUCCCCGCCCGCGUCCCAGGCGGGGCCCGGCCUCGUGCCCCUCAGCGACCUCAACGGCAACAGCUCCGCCUGGCUGGAGUACCACCGGCUGUCGCGCGGGCUGGAGCGCACCGCGGCGCCCGUCAACAUCACGGAGAACCCCGGCGCCGACGAGGAGGAGAGCGAGCUCACGCACUCGUCGCGCCUCACCGGCUCGUCCACCUUCACGCGGCCGGCCCGCAACGGCCGCCGCGUCACCUUCAACAACCUGGGCGACGACGCGGCCGCCUCCAGCAGCGAGGAGGAGCGGCCGCCCGUGCCGCCGCACCGCAACAUCGGCGUGUCGGCCAGCGGCCACCCCGACGGACCCGACGGCCGGCUGCACGACCCGCGCACGCGCCACGACGACGCCAACCCGCCGCCCGUGCCGCCCCACGGCGUCAACGUGAUCGCCAACCCGCUGGAGGACGGCUACGCCAGCCGGCAGGGCCUCAGCCCCCAGGACUCGCUCGCCCUCGGCCAGCUGCAGCAGGCGUACGCCCAGGGCCACCUGCUGCACCCCGCCCACAUACACCGCCGCCCCCUGGACGCCGACAAGGACGACGGCACCCUCGCCGACCCCAAGUUCGUGGAGGUGAACGCCGACGACUUCGUGCGGCUGCGCGGCGUGUGUCGCGGCCGCGCGGCGCAGGUGCGGCGGGCGACCAUCCUGGAGAACCCGCUGCUGUCGUCCGCCCUGCCCGACAACUUCAGCGUCACCGACCACCUCGAGAACCUCCCGCCCUCCAUGGACUACGACCAGAUCAUGGAGUACUUCUCCAACCUCAAGGAGUCCAACGCCUGAGCCUAAACUUCUCGGGUCGUGUGGCGUGACCUGAAGGACCUCGAGCUCCUCCUGGUCGUAGCGGCCUGUCCCUCCGCCUCCCCCCUGCUCGCCCCCUCGCCCCCGGCCCCCCUCCUGACGGCGGCUCGCCUGCAGCAGCCCCGAGGGACAGGCCUCCCUUGCAAGGUGCGCCAGUGACGGACUCUCUCAGGCGUCGGCCGAGGGGGUGGGAGGGGCCUCCCCCGCCCUCGUGUCUCGUAGGCCUAGGGACGGAACACGGACGACCUCACAGGCCUAAAGAAAUUCGGCGUCUGCACGAUCUCGAGAAAACUUUCGCUCUGUGCUUGGAGUCAUGCAUGCGAUGAACGUCUGCCAUGCACGCUGUACAUUACUCUCAUACAGAAUAUGUCAACGUCAUAAGUCGUAAACAAAACAGGUUAUAAUACUCCAGUGGUACAGAGAUCUUUAUAAGAUGAAUAUAAUAAGAUGUAUAUCAUUGUUCACGUGUACAUCAUAGGCUAGGACUAUAUGUAAGCUAUACGUGUGUUAGUUGUGUUGAGCCUGCAUGUUCUACUGGUGCAAGGCAAAAGCCCAGACUGCGUAUAAGAUAUAAAAAGUGUGUUUGGCUUAGCACAGGUAUAUAUGAUUUUAGAGAUCCGUACAGCUUCGGCAGUUGUGUAUGGUAUAUCCACAUCACCAGGUAUGUGCAUGUUACAGCUAAGCAUAUUUGGUUGGACCACAUGUGUACAACAUAGUUAGGUACGUACAUCAUAGCCCGAUGUAUACAACAUAGGUGUUGACGACAUCAUAGCUAGGUGUUUAACAGCAUAGCUAGGUUUGUCCGAUAUAUCCACAAAUGUUCAACC